GUCAGUGUUGCGCAGAUUCGGUUUGAACCGAAAGCGUAGUGUGACCUUCCCGGGCGGCGGAGACCGGCAGGAGACCGAGCGAGCGGACCCAUGUCAGCACUCCCGUCCACGACCCUCGCCACGGAGAUGAACAGCAACUUAGCUGGAGAUGAAAUCGGGAAGCUGUUUGUGGGUGGAUUAGACUGGAGCACCACCCAGGAGACUUUACGAAACUACUUUUCUCAGUACGGAGAGGUUGUGGAUUGUGUGAUAAUGAAAGACAAAAGCACAAAUCAGUCCAGGGGCUUCGGCUUUGUGAAGUUUAAAGACCCCAACUGCGUACGGACCGUCCUGGACACUAAACCUCAUAACCUGGAUGGUAGAAAUAUUGACCCAAAGCCAUGUACACCUAGAGGCAUGCAGCCCGAAAAGACUCGGGCAAGAGAUGGCUGGAAAGGAAGCAAAAGCGAGAGCAAUAAAUCUAAGAAGAUAUUUGUGGGAGGAAUUCCUCAUAAUUGCGGAGAAGCUGAACUCAGGGAUUAUUUCAACAGAUUUGGAGUGGUCACAGAGGUGGUCAUGAUCUAUGACGCUGAGAAACAAAGGCCUCGAGGUUUUGGAUUUAUUACUUUCGAGGCCGAGCAAUCAGUGGACCAGGCUGUCAACAUGCAUUUUCACGACAUCAUGGGCAAAAAAGUUGAAGUCAAGAAGGCGGAGCCUCGGGACAGCAAAGCUCCCGCCCCUGGUCAGCUGGGAGCCAAUCAGUGGGGGCCCCGAGCCAUCUUAAGCACAGCCAAUGGCUGGGCAGCACAACCUGCUCCGAGCUGGCAGCAGAGCUACGGGCCUCAGGGUGUUUGGGUGUCUACAGGUCAGCCACUUGCUGGGUAUGGACCAUCUUUACCUGCCGGCCGAGUGGCAUCCGCGCAGCCUCCCUCUCCCUUUAAUGCAUUUAUAGUCGCAGCACCACCUACAGGGGGAUUCGGGGCACCUCAGGGAUACCCCCAACAGGGCUUUAGCACACAACCUCAGUUUGCAUAUAGUUUUGGCACACCGCAAGGUGACCAGUUCAUAGCACAAGGAAUGCCACCCCCUCCCGCCACACCAGGGGCAGGACCCCUGGCUUAUGCUCCGGCAACGACUCCCUCUCAGGACCUGAGCAAAGCCGCCCCAGCACAGCCGGAAUUCUCCUACAGCCAAUAUGGUUAUGGGCAGGACCUGAGUGCUUUUGGUCAUAGCUUUGCAGAUCCCAGCCAGCAAACUGCCUCAUACGCCGCAGCCCCCUCCGCACCCUCGUCGGGAGGCCAACCGGCAGCUGGCAGCUUUGGACGAGGACAGAACCACAAUGUACAGGGCUUCCACCCCUAUCGACGCUAAGCUGCUCUAGACCCCCCCCCAAUGCAAUACACAUCGUCAGGGAUUCAGAUGUUUCCACCUUAAAUUGGACUGGAUUUUGGGAUUGUCUUUUUGAACAUUGCAAUUAAAAAAGGGUUUUAUUGUGUGUGUGACAGGGGCUCUACUCCGAUAACAGGAGACCACAGUACUCUUCUAUAUUUUGUAGUAGGACUGAACUACUGAUGUAUUUAGCAAUAGAUUUUUAUUGUCUGGUCAAACAUCAGCACAGAACAGAGGCACCAGACAUCACUGACAGGGUCUCCCAAUUAUUCAGCUUUAAUUCUAUUAGUGGGGAAAUGUUUUUAUUUUCAAUUUGUGACUUUUGUUUACUCUAUGAGCCUUUUAUCAUUUUAUUUAUGUUUGGAAAUAGUUGACAAAUGUGUAUUAUACACCUAAACUGUGCAAUUUUUUAAAGAAUUUUGUACUAAUAUAUGUGCGCUUUUCUUGUUUUGUUUUUUUUUAUUUAUGGAUGUAGACUUCCCUCAGGUGGCUGUUGGUGCACUUUGCACUUACGCAAAAAAAAAUAACUUGAAAAAAAUGAGAGUUUAUUUGAAAUAAAUGAUUUAAAGAAACUGAAGGUUGUGGUUUGUGUUUUCAAGUAUUAAAUUUGAACAGUUGCCGCCAUUGCAGCCCU